AUGGUGGCAUUCUCAUCUUUCUUGGCUGCCUUAGCCGGCAUUGCUAGCUCCUUGGCUGCUCCCGUUGAGGAACGCAACACUGACUUGAUUGAGCGUGGACCUCACAACUUUGUUCUUGGAGGACACAACGACGUUCGCCGCUCCUCCAUCAACUACAACCAGGAUUACACCACUGGUGGAGAUGUUGUUUACACACAUUCAAGCACUGGAUUUGCCGUCAACUGGUCUAACCCCCAGGACUUCGUCGUUGGCGUUGGCUGGCAACCCGGUGGUUCAAGCCCCAUCAAAUUCAGCGGCAACUUUGGUGUCGGAAGCGGAGUGGGCCUGCUUUCAGUCUAUGGCUGGAGCACCAACCCCCUUGUUGAGUACUACAUCAUGGAAGAUAACUUUGGCUAUCCUAGCCAAGGCACGGUGAAAGGUAGCGUCACCAGUGACGGGUCAAGCUACACGAUUUGGGAGAAUACUCGUGUCAAUGAGCCUUCUAUCCAGGGCACAGCGACCUUUAAUCAGUACAUCUCCAUCCGAAACUCCAAGAGGUCCAGUGGCACAGUCACGGUUGCCAAUCACUUCAAUGCAUGGAAGUCGCUUGGCAUGAAUUUAGGCACAUUGAAUUACCAGGUUAUAGCUGUGGAAGGUUGGGGAGGCCAAGGCGGUGUGCAACAAACCGUCUCGAAUUAG